GCCCAACGAGCUUGUACAAGCACUUCAUAAGUCAAUCCCGGAUUGCAUCUUCCUGUAGGGUUGAUUGUAGGCUCGAGGAAUACAAAACUGGCCGCCGGGUGACGACGUCACCGGUAAUGUUCCGGCGGAAGCAAACAACCCCCAUUCCCACCAAGCGGCAACAACCCAUCGUCGCCUUCCUAUCUUCCUCAUCUCCUUGUCGCUAUCUUCCUGCCCAAAGACCGUUCACUGUUCAACAUUCCUCACACUGAAUGGAUUAAUCAUGACUAGCCCAGAACUCCGCUAUCAAGUUAUCAAUAUCUACAAAGAGCUCCUUUUCCUCGGCCGCAAUUAUCCUCUGGGCUACGACUACUUCCGGAACAGGCUACACAAGGCAUUUAGCAGUCAGGCACACCUGGAUAAUGAAGAGCAGAUUCGGAAAGGUAUAGCACGAGCGGAGUUCGUUAAGAAGGGUGCGUUAUCCCGCCUCACUUGUUUGCAAUUGCAGCAGCUUCAUUGAACCAAUCAAUAACCUUCUAUCCUUCAAUGAUCUAGAAAUCGAGGCUCUCUACUACCUCAAGCGGUAUCGCACGUUGAAACAGCGCUAUGAGAACAAAUAGCAUCCAACCAUCCGCAUCCG